CGCAGGCGCGGGCUCUGAGCUCUGUCUCGGCUGGAGGUCCGCGUACUGCGCUCUAGAUCUCGGAAACUAGUCAAUUAGUGCGCGGCCUGGGGUCAGGGUCAAGAUUAGGAAAAGGGGUGUUCUCGGGGCUGACGGAGUCAUGAAGUCUCACAAGAAGGAAUCGCGGAGCAAAACUCCCCCGGACAAGAGGCGUACGAAGGCCCCUGAAUUCAUCACUCCUCCCAUCCAGGAGGAGCCUGAGCAAGUCAGCAAUGUCCUGCAAGGAGAUGAUAUCCUGGCUUUGGCCAUUAAGCAGGAGGACUUAAAGAAGCAACAUAUUCCUCGUCCUCCUGACCUAGAGGAGAAAACUGUUGCCCAUCAAGUUUUCAUUCGAAAACAUAAAACCCAAAAGGCCAAGAGGGUGACACGUCACUUAGUAGCUCGCCCUGCUGCUCCUGAAGCAGCCACAAAGCCCUUGGAUUACUCUGGGCCAGUAGAGGAAAGCUCUGAUGGCAAAUUACAGAUUCUCCCCCACAACAUUUUGGGAACACUCUGUGACUUCAAGAGAAUAGCAGUUGCCCAAGGAAACACUGAGUUAGCUAAAAUGAUCCCAGACACCGCCGGUGUGGACAAUGUCAUCAUUGCAGUACCAGAGGAGCCAAAGAAACAACCCCCAAAAGAGAAGGUAGACCUCUGGCUACCACCUUCUCAGCAUAAAUCUCUAAAGAACUGGAAACGCAAUAUGACCCUGAGGAAGAAGCAGCAAGAAUCUCUAAGUAAACAUCUGAAGAAGCCAGUGAAUGAGCUGCUGAUGAACACAGGGGAGGGCUUCAGACGGGUACAGGAAGAAAGGAAUCUGAUUGAAUGUUCCCUUUCUGUUUUAUAUUAUGGGAAGGGCACUGAGGUCGACUGUAAUUUCUGGAGCCAGCCUGAAUAUAUUGGAGAUGAACUAACAGGUCUGGUGACCCAGUGGCCUUGUUGCUACCAACGGCCCAUCAUUCAUGUAGGGAAGCCUCAGAGCAUUCAGAUGGAGUCAGGACUGCCAUCCAUGAGGAAGCCUAGGUUCCGUUUCACAUGGGAUAAGAGUCUCUUUUUGAUUGACCGACGAAAGGAGCUCCGGCACAUUCUGAAGGAAUUGGACUUCAACCAGCCGGACAUUGAUGGCCUAGAAGUGGUUGGUAAAGGACAUCCUUUUUCAUCUGUCUCUGCACAGCACUUCCCAGUCCUUAAAGAUGUCAAGGAAAGCACAUCUAAAGAAGCAACUCCAGAUCCCUUAGCUGACUAUCCUGAUGUCGUUCCCAUGCCUUUUCUUGGUCCUUCUUUGCUCUUCUGUGGAAAACCAGCAUGCUGGAUUGACAGUAGCCUACCACCAGGGAAGAGGCAAAUUGGCAUUGCCGUGCGUUUGACCUUUGAGACCAUGGAAGGGGAGAGAACAUCUUCUGUCCUGACAGUUGUGAACAAUGGCACUGCAGCUGUUUGGUAUGACUGGAGGCGGCUCCAACAGCCCGACACCUUUGAAGAGUUUAAGGAGAGCAAACAGCAGCGGUUUUACUUCAACACCAAGGAGGGUGUGAUUCUUCCUGGAGAAACGAAGGAGUACAUCUUCUUCUUCAAGUCUUCAAACUCAGGAAUCUUCAGGGAGAGCUGGGAGUUUGGAACCCACCCCAAACUGUUAGGGGGAGCUCUGCUGCAGGUCACUCUGCGGGCUGUUGCCCUGAGCCAAGACGUUUUGAAGGAAGAAAGAAAGUCACUGGAGGCUAAAAUAGCUUCCCGAGAAGCUGUCGCCAUCGUGGAGGACUUGCUGAAUGAGCUGCUGAAAGGUAUCUGGCCCCCAGAGCGAGCUGCAUCCCCAGUGGAUGCCUACCUCACUGAGGAAGAUCUGUUCUGCUACAGGAACCCUCAGGUAUGGGGCCUACCCUGCAGCCAGCUCCAGGUGUGCAAGUGCCAGGGAGAUGGCGAGGUAGCAGGGGGCCCGCUACAUUAUCAGCAUGAAGUGGUCCGAGAACUCCACAAACUAUGGAAUAAAUACAUGGCACCAUCCCUGCCCACCCCCCCUGAAGAGGAAGAAAUUUCACCAGGCCCCCGGGAGGAGGAAGUGAUAGUCCCAAAGUUCCCAGUGGGUUCUGAUAAGAGCUCUAUAGGGGACAAGGCGAAAGGCUCUUUGGGGGAAAGCCGCCGGGGCUUGAAGAGGAGUCUUUCAUCCAAGAAUGAGUCCAGGAUAUCUCUCCUGUCCCAGAAGACUACCAUAUUCAAAGUGAUUGAAAACCAGAAGGAACUAGAAGAGGAGGCUUUGGAGAGGCCUGAAGUGUCCCAGACAAUGAUUCCUGAGUACCCCAAGUGGAAUCUUUGCGUGGAUGAUUUCAAAAAGGCAAUGUUGGAUCUCCCGGAAGAGGAACAGAGAGAAGAUGCACUUCUCCGACUCAACAAGGGAGUUCUGAAGCUGUGCUCAGAGCCCAGGCCACUGCAGUCAGACCUCCUGUACCAAAUGUGUUUCCAGCUGUGGCGUGACGUAGUAGAGGGUCUGGUGGGCCAUUCCAUGUGGCUGAAGUGUCUGUUAGGCCUGCCUGAGAAGGACAGUGUUUAUGUAGAGGUCCCAGAGGCACAAGUUGAAGCAAAACCAUCUGGGAGAAUUGGAAAAGAAGAACGGAAAACUGCAGCCCUGGAAAGGAAGCAAGGCAGUGGGAGAGAAAAAGAGGAGAAGAAAGGGAGUGCAAAGUCACCAGGAAGAGAGGAUCGCGCCAACAGCAAGAAGCACAAGGGAAGGGAUGAGAAGAAAUUAUACAAAUCUCCAAGUCAGGAUUGGAAAGAAAAAAUGUUUGUGGAACAAUUACCUCUGGAGCAUAUAGCCUCCAUCUUUGAACCAGUGGAUCCGAUAAUCCAAGAGAAAUAUAAUCAGCGACUUUACAUUGAGGUCUAUGGGCUGCUGGACUCCUUAGUGACCAAAAUGAUGCUGCUGUUUGAUGAGGUUGACACCUGAAUGGCAACCCAGCAGGAAACUCUUGAGCCUCUUGAACCUUUCUCUUUUUCUGCCUGACUCUGUCUCUGAGCAGCCUUCAGGGAAAUAAUAAUAAAUGUGUACGUUUCCACAAU